CACCAAAAUAUUCUUAAAAUAUAUGACAUAAUUUAUGACAAAUAACAAAAGCGAUUUGGAGAAAUUAUCUAUUUAAUAUCUAUUUGUUUAUCUAUAAUGAAAUCUUCAAUAUCUACAUAGUAAGUCCUUAUUUUCCAGUUGAUCUGAAUAAAAUUAUUAAAAGCAGUCAAGAAUUGACAGUCAUGUAGGUUUAGCUCAUAAUGUAUUAAUUAUGUAAAGGACUUUAUUAUUCACAUUCCUCUGGUUCAAUACAUAGAGAUAUCAAACCUGGAAAUAUUUUAGCUAAUGAAAAAUGUGAAGUUUGUUAUUGCGAUUUUGGUUUUGCUAGAAAAUAUGAUGAAUUGUAUGAUUAAUUUGAAGAAAAUAUGACAGAAUAUGUAGUUACUAGAUACUAUCGAGCUCCAGAAAUUAUGUUAUCUAGUUAAUAAUAUUCUAAGCCUGUAGAUAUUUGGUCAUUAGGAUGCACUUUUGCAGAACUUAUGAGUCGUAAAACACUCUUUAAUGCUCCUAAUUAUAUACAAAUGGUUAAAAUGUUCUUUAAUAUUCUCGGAAAACCAUCUGAUCAUGAACUCAAUCAAUUUGUUACUAAUGAAGAUACACAUUCGUUUUUAUAAACUUUACCAUCAAAACCUAAAUAACCUGCUUCAAAUAAUGUACCUUAUCCAGAUGCCAAAGCAUAAGAUUUACUAGAUUAGAUGCUUGAAAUCAACCCUAAAAAUAGAAUUACUGCUUCAAAAGUAUAUAAUGCCUUAUAUUAGUGUCUAGAACAUCCUUUUUUUCAUUCCAUCAGAGAUGAAGCUUAAGAAAUAACAUUUCAAGGCAAUUUAGAAUGUGAUUUUGAAAAUGAUGAUGCUAUCACUUUAGAUAACUUGAAAUAAUUAAUUCUUAUUGAAAUAAAUCAC